AUGAAUGGAAAUUCUAAAUUGAAAAAAAAAGAACGUAAACAACCAAAUCAAGUGGUAAAAAUCACAUCUACCAACAAUGAAACACAUACAACUUCGAUCACAGAUUUACCUCACGUAGAUGAAAAUGAACCGGAUACUUUAUACGAUGAAGAACCCAACGAAAAUUUAACUGAAAAAACAUCCGAAUUUGAUCCAUUAGUUAAAGUAAAACAACAAUUGUCCGUAUCUACAGUUUCCGAUGAUGUUCAACAUCCAACAACGACAGCGAUGACAAGUGCUAACAAAGAUAUAAAUGAUUCUUCACAAAAAAUAUCACUAUCGUCAUCAACUGAUCCUGAAUUACAAAUGCAUUCUUCAUCAAUACAAGAACUAAACAUUGAAACAUCAACCCCGGCGCUUUCAAAUCAAAACAAUUUCUAUUCAGUCAACGUCGAACAGAAAAUGACAAGAAGCCGUAACCGAGUACAAUCAACAAAAUCGCCAACUCACAUUUCUCCAUCAACUAAACCACCAAAGAAUAUUUCUCAAUCAAAAAAAACGUUGACAUAG